AUGGCUGUGGACAACAUGGACUUGGAGCAGGAGAAGAAGCGCUACUGCAUACGUGGAAAGCAUGUUGUCAUCAUCUGUGUGACAGUUGUGGUCUGUUCUUUAGCAGUGGGUCUUGGCGUGGGCCUCUCUGGGUCUGAAACCACCACAACCCCUGUCCAUUCUACGCCAGCUCCCACGGCAGAACCUACACAGACGCCUGAACCUGGUAGGGGCCCCUGCAAACCUUCCAGUGACAUCAACGGGGACUGGAAGAAUUUCCGCCUACCCAGCUAUGUGAAACCCAUUCACUAUGACUUGCUGCUGGAACCAGACCUCGUUGAUGACACCUACACGGGCACUGUGGAGAUCCAUGUGGAAGUCAGCAAGCCCACCCGCCACCUGUGGCUCCAUAUCAGGAAUACAUUUGUCAGCGAGAAGCCCAGGCUAAAAUUGCUAGAUGGGCAUGGGCGCCAGAUGCAUGUGUCAGUCAAGAGCUGCUUUGAAUAUACACAUCACGAGUAUGUGGUGGUGGAGGCCACAGAGGAGCUGCCUGUCACCAACCCUGGAGAGAUAUAUGUGCUCAGUUUGGACUUCCAAGGGUGGCUGAAUGGCUCUGUGGUGGGGUUUUACAGAGUCAUUUACAUAGAAAAAGGUGGAAUUCACAGAAAGGUUGCGGCAACCGAUCACGAGCCAACAGACGCCCGCAAAUCAUUUCCCUGCUUUGAUGAACCCAACCAAAAGGCCACGUUUAAAAUCUCCAUCGUUCACGACGCAGCCUAUGGCGCUCUGUCCAACAUGCCACCUGAGAGUGCACCAGAACGACUAUCUGGCAACAAAAUGAGAACCUCCUUCCAGAAGUCCAUUCCAAUGAGUACCUAUUUGGUAUGUUUUGCUGUGCACCAGUUCGGUCAUGUGGAAAGAAUAUCUGCCCGAGGAAUUCCUCUGAGAAUCUACGCCCAGCCAAGUCAGUUAUCAACUGCAACAUAUGCAGCGGACACAACCAAGGUCAUUUUUGAUUACUUUGAGGACUACUUCAAUAUGACCUACUCCAUCUCAAAACUCGACAAGAUAGCCAUCCCUGACUUUGGAACUGGUGCAAUGGAGAACUGGGGCCUCAUCACCUACAGGGAGACCAACUUGCUGUAUGAUGAGAACCAGUCGUCCUCCUACAAUAAGCAGCGAGUUGCCAGUGUUAUUGCACAUGAACUCGUUCACCAGUGGUUUGGUAAUAUUGUGACUAUGGAUUGGUGGGAUGACCUCUGGCUCAAUGAAGGCUUCGCUAGCUUCUUUGAGUACAUUGGUGUCGAGAAAGCCGAGGCCAGCUGGGGUAUGAGGGACAUCAUGCUCAUCAGUGAUGUCCUCCCUGUUAUGGUGGAUGAUGCCCUCCUCUCGUCCCACCCAAUAAUUGUGAAUGUGUCCACCCCGGCGGAAAUCACCUCUGUGUUUGAUGCCAUUUCAUACAGCAAGGGAGCAUCAAUUCUCAGGAUGCUGGAGGACUGGAUGGGUAAAGACAUGUUCAGAGAUGGCUGCCGAAAAUAUUUAAAAGACUACUACUUCAAGAACGCCAAGACAGCCAACUUUUGGGCUUCCCUUGCAAAUGUGAGUGGGUUGCCAGUUGCAGAGGUUAUGGACACAUGGACCAAACAGAUGGGCUAUCCAGUAGUGGACCUCACUGUCACAGAAGCAAAUGCCAAACUGAGCCAAAAGCGCUUCCUCCUGGAUCCUAAUGCUGAUGCCAACCAGCCCCCUUCACCUCUUGGUUACACAUGGACGAUCCCGGUCAAAUGGCAUUCUCUGAGGAGUGAUAAGAACAUGUCAACCAUGUUUAACAUGAGCAGCACAGAGCAUGUUGUAAACGGCUACUCACCUUCAGUGGAUGGUCUGCUGAAGGUCAACAAUGAUCACAUAGGAUUCUACCGAGUCAACCAUGAAGACCGCAUGUGGAACGCUAUUAGCCAGCAGCUUCAAAACAACCACUUGGAGUUUGAUGCAGCUGAUCGCACAAGCUACAUUGAUGAUGUAUUUGCUCUGGCAAGGGCAGACAUCAUAGACUAUGGCCACGCCUUCAACCUUACCGGGUACUUAACAAAUGAGACUGACUACAUCGUAUGGGAUCGUGUGGCCUCCUCUAUCGCGUAUGUUCGAGACAUGCUGUCAGGCAAUGCUGCUCUCUAUCCAAAGUUUCAGAAAGUUUUUCGCGACCACGUAAAAGCCAUUUCAUCUCAGCUUGGUUGGAAUGAUGAAGGAACACAGAGGCAGAGGUUACUGCGGGAGACUGUGCUCAGCAUUGCUUGUCAAAUGGGAGAUCAGGAUAUACUCGAUGAAGCAUCACACAUUUUUGACCAGUGGAUUAAUGGAAGUCUCAGCAAUGUGGCAGUGAACCUGAGGCUGCUGGUAUAUCGUUAUGGCAUGAAGAGCGCAGAAGAAGAUGCAGAAGCAAAAUGGAACAUUAUGCUUCUGAGGUACAAAAAGGCCACCUUGGCUCAGGAAAAGGACAAGCUGCUGUAUGGACUGGCGUCUGUCCAAAAUGUCCAGCUUCUCUGGAGGCUCCUUGAGGCCUCUAAAGAUGAAAGUGUGGUGAGAAGCCAGGAUCUGUUUACCCUCGUCAGAUACGUGUCCUACAACUCUUUGGGUCAGACCAUGGCCUGGGACUGGACCACUCUCAACUGGGACUACCUGGUUAACAGAUAUACUAUCAACGAUAGAAACCUUGGACGCCUUCUGAAUCGACUCUCAACCAGCUACAACACAGAGCUGCAGCUGUGGAAGAUGGAGCAUUUCUUCAGUCUGAAUCCCGAUGCCGGUGCUGGGGAGAUGGCGAGGCAGCAGGCACUGGAGACUGUACAAAAUAACAUUCAAUGGAUUCGGAGGAAUGAGGACGAGAUCAGAGUGUGGCUGGAGAGCAAUGCCGCCUAACUUGAUAACAUGUACUUCAGGGAUGUGAAACAACUACACUUUCAUUUGACUCAGAACUGCGUCGAUGAGCCAUUCCAGCCGCCCUCCUCUCACUCCAUCCAUCCACCGCACCUU